AUGAAGAUCGCAUGUCUGCAAUUUGCGCCGGUCUUGGGCGAUGUUGACAAUAAUUUAACACGAGCCGAUGCAGUCCUAGCCAAAGCCAACGUACAGGAUUUAGACUUACUUGUACUCCCCGAGUUGGCAUUUUCGGGAUACAAUUUUAAAUCGCUCCAGCAUAUCUCCCCUUAUCUCGAACCGACAACGUCGGGUAUUUCUUCACUAUGGGCCCGCACCACAGCCCUCAAACAUGAAUGUGUAGUCAUUGUUGGAUAUCCUGAGAAAGUCGACAUCAGUCCCAACUGGCCAGCUUCCCCAGAAUAUUACAACAGUGCAAUUACAGUGAAUAAAGAUGGAGAAACAGUUUCGAAUUAUAGAAAGUCCUUCUUGUAUUAUAACGAGUCCAAAUGGGCUCUGGAGGGCCCCGACGGGUUCUUUGAUGGUGAGAUUGAAGGACUAGGCAAUGUUGCUAUCGGAAUUUGUAAGUGGCCAACUAAAUCAUUCGAACGUGAGCAUGGAUCUCAAGUAAGACUUUUCUGUUCUCUCCCUGUUCUUCGGCCCACAUUAACAAGUUACAGUCCAUACAAAUUUGAAGCUCCAUGGAAUGCAUGGGAGUUUGCGUACCAUAUUAUGCACAAGCAAGCCAACCUUGUCGUACUCUCUAUGGCAUGGCGAACUCGAGAAGACGUUCGGAGUUAUAGCAGACAGCCAAGGGAACCAGAUAUGGAUACCCUCGCCUACUGGCUAGCAAGGCUUGAACCGAUUAUUCGAGAAGAGCAAAAGGGAGAGAUUAUUGUCGUAUUCGCCAAUCGAACCGGAGUUGAGGAUGAUGCUGUAUAUACUGGAACCAGUGCAGUGCUAGGCAUUUGCGGUGGAGAGGUCAAAGUUUAUGGCCUUCUUGGUCGUGGAGAGAAAGAGCUUCUUGUUGUCGACACCAAUGUCAGACCGAAGGCCAAGCUCGUUGCAGAUCCGAUGCCACCUUUACCUGAAAAGGCAGACACAGACCUUUCCAAGCACGUUCACACUAAUUCUCCCAAAUCACCAACCAAACUAGGCGAUAAAUCGAAAAAGUCAGAAUCCAGAGCUUUGCCACAGCUUGAUCCAAUCGAUCCACAUAAGACGGCCAAACGUACCAAUAACAGCAUUGAUGAAAUACUGAACACAGUAACACCUGUUUCCCCGGUCGAGCCCAUGUCUCCCCAUGCAUAUUUCUCCACCCUCGGCACGAAGAGAUCUAAAGUUUCUGACACACCGCCUACCACUAAACCCCCUGCAAAGCUCGAUACCUCCGUGUCGGGAUCCUCAUUCGACAGAACUCCUACACCGUUUUCUGAACCAAAAAUAAAUCUCGGGGAUUCGAUUGCAUCUCCAACUCCUGUAUCAAUACCGAUUAUCCCUUCCAAACCAUCCACAGCUGCCAAGGGACGUCCUUUGACCCCGCCAACAUCGCCUUGCGUGCCACCAACCCCAUCAAAAUCGUCAUUCCGACCCGUCUCACCAAAAUCAAGAAACGCUAGCAGGACUAGACCCUUGGAACAAGAUCCCUUGAUUUUACAUCCCCAGGAUUUGGCGCAGGAUUCUGAUAUUAUUGAUUCAAUUAUAGGUGUAAUCGAUGAACAAGAGAAGGGCCAGAAGUUUGUCGUGAUGGGGCCAUUGAAAAUAUCUAACAAAUUGCCGCCUGUAUCUACAAGGCGGACCUUUACCGCACGGCCAAGGAGUACAGUAUGGUGA